CAAGGCUUAUGAUUUCGCUGCGUGCUCGUGUUCCCUCAUGCUCGGUCCUUGUCUCGUCUUUGAUGUGCUGCUGCGUCCUUCUCUCUCGGAUUGCGAAUCGGCUCUCGGUAUCGGCGACUCGUCCAGCAGCGGCAUUGGAUAUGUGAGCGCGCGGUUGCGGCGAUUUCCCAUUCCAGGACUGGUUCUUGGCCAAGAAUGGAGCUGGAUGUCUUCUUUGUGCUCCGGCGGAUCAUCUAGGGGGUAAUCUCAGGUGUGGCGGCAUGGAGGAGCGAUCGCGCUGCUGAAAUAUCACCCGCGAUGGCGAAAUAUUUGGUAGUCUAGCAGCGGCUGCGAUGAUGUGGGAGGUGGGAGGAGGAUGAAUCGAGAAGAGGUGGAUGUCCUAGGCUAGCGCCUGGGGAAUGGCCGUGAUGAAAAUGAAGGAUUCAAACAAGCAUAUCAUGGAUGCGGGGAAGUACAUUCGCUACACGCCUGAGCAAGUCGAGGCAUUGGAGCGGGUCUAUAACGAGUGCCCCAAGCCGAGCUCCAUUCGGCGGCAGCAGCUCUUGCGUGAGUAUCCGGUUCUUGCCAACAUCGAGCCCAGGCAGAUCAAAGUCUGGUUCCAGAAUCGCCGAUGCCGCGAGAAGCAGCGCAAGGAGACGUCGCGGCUGCAGAGCGUGAACGCAUCGCUGACGGCUAUGAACAAGAUCAUUAUGGAGGAGAACGAGCGCCUCACCAAGCACAGCUCGCAAUUGGCGUUGGAGAACCAGUACCUGCGCCAGCAGCUGCAGCAGCAGGGAGGCUCCGAGAGAGAUCUCAAGCUCUCUCGGAGAUAUGCUAAUGAUGCACAGGCAGCGCUUGCGGCUGAUAGGAGCCCCGACUCGGAGGUGACGGGCGGGAUGCCUCAGCAGCUGGUCGCUGCUUCUACGACUACAACAACAACAGCGCCCCAGAUUGCGCGCGAUUCAAGUCCCGCUGGACUCUUGGCUAUUGCGGAGGAAACUCUGACUGAGUUUCUAGCAAAGGCUAGAGGCACGGCCGUGGAUUGGAUCCAGUUGCCUGGGAUGAAGCCUGGUCCUGAUUCUGCUGGUACUGCAGCGAUUUCACAUGGCAGUACUGGUGUAGCUGCUCGAGCCUGGGGUCUAGUUGGUCUAGAACCCGACAAGGUCGCGGAAAUCCUGAAAGACCGAUCCUCCUGGCUCCGAGACUGUCGACGCCUUGAAGUCUUGCGUGCCUUUCCUACCCCAAAUGGUGGGACUGUGGAGUUGGUAUACACUCAGAUGUACGCCCCCACAACACUUGCCGCUGCCAGAGACUUCUGGACACUGCGUUACACAACCUUUUUGGACGAGGGAGAUUUAGUGGUCUGCGAGAAAUCUCUGAGUGGCGUCCAUGGCCUCCCCGCCGCGAAAGCAGGGAAUGACUUUGUCCGAGCCGAAAUGCUUGCUAGCGGCUUUCUUAUCCGGCCAUUCGAAGGCAACGUGUGCAGCAUCUACAUUGUCGAUCACAUGGAUCUGGAGUCUUGGAAGGUGCACGAAGUUCUCCGGCCGUUGUACGAAUCAUCAUCUGUCUUGGCCCAGAGGAUGACUCUGGGGGCUUUGAGGUUCUUACGACGUCUUAUAUACGAAUCUCCUUUGAACGAAAACGCUCCUCGAGGAGCCCAGCAGAGUGCUGCAUGGAGAGGUGUCAGUCGCCGAAUUGCACGGGGAUUUAAUGAGGCGGUCAAUAGCUUUGCUGACGACGGAUGGAUGAUCACUGACGCAAUAGACGGUGAUGUCACCGUUGCGAUUAAUGUGGCUCCAAAUGCCAGCAGUAUCGGAGGGCAAGUCAUGCCACCGGACCGAUUGUAUGCUGUCGGAGGUGGUGUUCUUUGUGCUAAGGCGUCAAUGCUACUUCAGAAUGUUCCUCCAGCCACUUUGAUCCGUUUCCUACGCGAACACCGCUCCGAAUGGGCGGACUGUAACGUUGUCUUGGACACUGCUUCUAUGAGGGCUAGUGCUUGCGGUUUCUCCAGGGGAAACGUCAUCGGCCAGUGCCCUGUUCCAUUAGUUCAGUCCGCCGAGGAAGAAGAGUUUCUCGAGGUCGUUAAGCUGGAAGGUCACGCUUCUGGUCAGAAUGGCGUUGUUAUUCCCAGGGAAACAGUCUUGCUCCAGCUCUGUAGCGGUCACGAUGAUAAUGCGACGGGAGUUUGUGCUCAGCUCGUCUUUGCUCCGGUUGAUGCCGCUGUUUCGGAAGACGUUCCUUUGUUGCCGUCGGGCUUCCGAGUGAUACCUUUAGACAGUGGUGUGGAUAGCAGCGGCUUGUCACGCACACUGGACCUGGCGUCCAGUUUAGAGGGAGGAGCAGAUAUUGGAAAAUUUCCGGACGAGUCUGGCUGCCACCUGCGCUCCGUAUUGACGUUAGCGUUCCAGUUUCUCUUUGAAGCGCACAACCGUGACGAGGUGGCGACCAGCGCACGCCAAUACGUUCGUCAUGUCAUGGCUUCCGUGCAAAGCAUUGCCAUGGCACUGGCAUCAUUCCGGCUCGGGCCCCGCGUGGGUCCAAGGAACGUCGAGGCAUUACUCUUGGCCCAUCAGAUCUUGCGAAGUUACAGGGCAAACUUCGCCUCGGAUCUCACUGAGUCGGAUCCAGGAAGCACUGACGCUUUCUGGCAUCACAAGGACGCUAUCCUGUGCUGUACCUGGAAGGCUAUGAUCCCGGAGUUCGUGUUUGCAAACCGGGCCGGCCUGGAGAUGCUGGAGACGACCUGGUCCGAGCUACACGGGAUCCCGUGGGACAAGACGCUGGACGACAAUGCCAGGAAGGCCAGCGCCGCGGAAUUCUCACAGAUCAUUCAACAGGGGUAUGCGUGCCUUCCACCCGGUAUCAAGCUCUCGAGCAAGGGAAGGCCCGCGGCUUACGACCGCGCAGUGGCGUGGAAAGUUGUGGACGAGGAAGACAAUGCGCAGUGCGUGGCUUACAUGUUCAUCAACUGGUCCUUCCUCGGCUGACAACGCAGGCACCCCUUUUAUCUAUUAUAACCACGCUUUUAAUUUAUAAUUUGGUGUUGUUGAUUAAAAGUGCAAAAAGAAAAAAAAAAUGUAAUAUUAGUUUAGUAAAACUUGCAAGCUCCAAAGUGAUUGAUGUG